AUGGCCGACAAAAAACAAACCAAAGAAGUCGUUACGGUCUUGUUAUUGUGCAUAUCGUGGUACGUUGUCAGCUCCAGCAACAAUGUCGUCGGCAAAACGCUACUCAACGAAUUUCCGUAUCCCAUGACGAUGACAAUGGUCCAAUUGCUGUCUAUCACGGUGCUAAGCGGACCUCUUUUUAACCUGUGGGGUGUCAGAAAAUACGUGGACAUAUCCUGGAGGUACUAUUUCAGGUUGAUUGUGCCCCUGGCGUUCGGGAAAUUCGUGGCCUCAGUGUUCAGCCAUGUCAGCAUAUGGAAAGUUCCUGUCUCCUAUGCUCAUACAGUUAAAGCCACAAUGCCAUUAUUUACUGUGAUACUGUCAAGGGUGAUAAUGGGGGAAAAACAGACCCCUCUAGUGUAUUUUAGUUUAGUCCCUAUAAUAGUCGGUGUUGGUAUUGCUACACUGACCGAAAUAAGUUUUGAUUCGAUUGGACUUAUCAGUGCUUUGGUAGCCACCAUGGGUUUUUCCUUGAUGAAUAUAUUCUCGAAAAAAGUUCUGCAUGAUACGAAAGUGCAUCAUUUGAGGUUGUUGCACAUUUUGGGAAGGCUGGCUUUUUUCAUGUUUUUGCCUGUGUGGAUUUGCACUGACAUGUUUGGUCUUUUAAAGGAUAAUACUGUGGCAUAUCAUGAUUACAGAGUUGUAGCACUACUAUUUACAGACGGGGUACUAAACUGGCUGCAAAACAUAAUAGCUUUCAGCGUCCUCCACCACGUGACGCCACUGACUUACGCUGUUGCCAAUGCUAGCAAAAGAAUCUUCGUCAUCGCCGUCUCGCUCUUCAUACUUGGCAACCCUGUAACCUCCACCAACGUUUUUGGUAUGCUGUUGGCCAUAUGUGGAGUACUGUUUUAUAAUAAGGCGAAAUACGAUGCGAAAAAGUCGGAGAAACCCAAGCCAUUGUUGCCGUCUCAUACGGACCCUAGUUUGCAACACCGAAACGGUCAUUUAAUCCAGGAAAAUGGUUACAAACAUUCGAACGGAAUUUCCAAUGGAAAUCUGAACAGUUUUAAUAAUAACACGUUUUCCUAUAACUCGAAAGUGCGAAAUAACUUGUUGUUUGUAUGA